AUGCUUGCGGGAUACCUUUCUCUUAGUCUACUUGCUACGACCGUGAGCGCUGCGAGUAUAUCGGAACUCGUGGGCACUUGGUCAACAAAGUCCCGCAAGGUUGUUACAGGUCCGGACUUUUAUGAUCCGAUAAAUGAUAAAUUCCUUGAACCGAAUCUUACUGGUAUCUCCUACUCUUUCACGGAGGAUGGCCACUAUGAAGAGGCGUACUAUCGCGCCGUUGCCAAUCGUCAGUAUUCCACCGCGCCUCAGGUGCUUCUACUGUCUAACAAGUCUGGGUUAUGUGUAGCUGUGGAUCCUUCGUGCCCUAAAGGCAUUAUGCAAUGGCAGCAUGGAAAGUUCGUCUUGAACAGCGACGGAUCCCUUGAGUUGACUCCUAUUGCCUCGGAUGGUCGUCAGCUACUUUCAGAUCCUUGUAGCUCUAGUGUAGCAGCGUACACUAGAUACAACCAGACAGAGACCUUCAAUUCUUUCCAGGUUUCCAAAGAUCCUUAUCAUGGCAUUCAACGGUUGGACCUCAAGAGUUUUGAUGAUUCACCAAUGCAUCCAAUGUACCUUGUAUAUCAGCCGCCGCAGAUGCUGCCAACAACGACCUUGAACCCUGUGUCCGAGACGGGAAAAAGUAAACGUCAUGUUGCCCGCGAUACGGACCGCUUGCCUGGAGUGAGGCACUUAAUUACAGAGGAGCUUACUAACCUGACCGGUGGCUGUGGGUUGGGGUGUUCGCGACUGCUCUGGGUGGCAUCACCUUCUUUUACUCUUGAUUAG